GUUAAAGUUCAAAGUCAGCUGAUGUUUUCGGUACUGCAUACUUACAGUAUUUACUGAUAUUGUUAUUGUUAUUUUCCGUGUGUAAACUAAACACACAUGCGGCUUGAACACAAUUUCUGAGGAGGCCUUUCUGUACACGAGAAGUAAUAGGGCUGUGUAAAGAUAUUAUAAUGACAGGUGGGAGCUGCGCUGGGCAAAGUGCUGCUGACUGAUGGGAGCAGCGAUGGCUCAUCCAGAGCAGGACUGCGAGAGGCGUUGCCAGGCUGCCGUCAGCGUCGUGCACAGCCUGCCCAAGAACGUGUGUGUUUCUCUGCAGGCGUCUACCGGCCGUCCCAUGAGGUCAUGCUGCGAUUCUACAGCUUCUACAAGCAGGCAACCUGCGGGCCCUGCACAGCUCCCCGGCCCGGGUUCUGGGACCCCAUCGGCCGCUACAAGUGGGACGCCUGGAAGCGGCUGGGAGGCACGAGCAGGGAGGGGGCGAUGAGGGAGUACGUAGAGGAGAUGAAGAGAGUGGCUCUGGAGCAGGUCAUCGACACCGUGCCCAUGAAUGAGAAGACAGCCUCCAUGUUCCAUUACUUCCAACCUCUCUACCGUGUGAUCCACGACAUGCCCAGGCCUCCAGACACUCUCCUCCAGCAGACCGGGGGUGAGCUGGAGAACAGUGUGCGUGAGGAGUCAAGCGGAGAGAGUGAACCCCAGGGGAAUGGGCCAGUGUGGGGACUCAGCGGGCAUCCAGAUGGAGGGGCGGAGUUUAACCAGGAGAGUAACCAUGUGACCAGCGACUCGGAGAGCGAGGUGUUCUGUGACUCCAUGGAGCAGCUCGACCCCAACAAGCAGGGGGAGCCCCAGAGUGAUUCUUCAGCACCAGAGCUCCAGAGUCCUCUCAACCCUGUCGCUGCGGCAACACAGGCAGGGGCGGGCCAAGGAGGAGAGAGGGCGGGCCAAGGAGAGGGAGAGCCAUUGAGGAAGAAGGGAGUUUUGCUGGAUGGACGGCAGAGUCACUGGAGUGAGAGACACUGGCGGAGCUCAGGGGACGUGGCCAGGGAUGAGAGGGGCGUGGCAGGAGCAGGGGGAGGGGCUGGGGGAGGAGCACCUGAGAGAGGACAUCCUGGCGCUCUGGAACAGCAGAUCACCCUGGCACUGCAGAGGCUGCAGGAGGACAUGCACUGCGCCAGGGACAGGCUGCAUGCACUGGAGCAGAGAGCAGACAUGCAGCAGGGCCUCUCCUGGUGGCUGCCUGCUCUCCUGCUCUGGCCCUUCUUGGCUCAGUGGUUGAUUCACCUCCUCCAAUGCGGGCGGAAGAAGAUGUAGCGAGCCGCGUGAGAGAACCAGCCCAGCCCAGCCCAGCCCGGCCCAGCCUGGCCCAGCCUGGCCCAGCCUGGCCCAGCCCAGCCCAGCCCGGCCCAGCCGAGCCGAGCCGAGCCGAGCCGAGCCGUGUAUAUAAUGUAUACUGUACAUAUACUUUGUAUAUAAUUAGGCUUAUUUGGCUGCAUGUAUAUUUUUUAGAUUUUUAAUUAGUUUCUUGGUCACUCACAUUUCAUGUUUUCUAGCCUGUGAACCAGAAGGCUAGAAAACACGCAAUGUUUCUGUCAACCUUUCCAGCGACCAGCUGUCGUUGGCUUUUCCAAGCAGUGUUUCAGCAGCUCUGUCACGUCAGGGUUUGACUGGAGGAACAGAGAGAGCUGGCUCAGAGCUGUCUGUCCAUUCAGGGUCAUUAGUUUAAUAUAAAGAUAAUCACAGUUUGAAAAACAUUUUAUUUCCUCCUCACCAGAGUAACACCCUUCUCAGAAGUCAGCUUCACGCUGUGUUAGAUUUGAAACUUUUCCAGACGUCUUCUUUUUUAACGUUGGCUCCUGUGAACAGCAGCUCAUCUUUCCACUUGCUGUGUUCAAGACACCCCGCAGUUUCCUGCAGGUCUUACAGCCCUGUCACACAGGAAGUGAACUGGUAAUGUUGUAGCUGGGAAUAAAACGGGUUCACUUGAAUCAAAGUGAAAAUAUAGAAAAGAUCAAAACUUUCAUUUCUGUGAGAAUCUGUAUUAUUGUGGAUUGCAGCAGCCACCCUCUGUGCUCCUCAAGGGACCCCCCUAAAAUAAGGGGCUGGAGCACCGCAGGGUGACUCCCCAGGCUGGGCUGAGCGACCCCGAGUCUUCAGCGAGGGGCGAUGAAAACCAGGAAGGUUUCUAGGAGAAGAGAUUCUGCACCCCUCAGCACCCAGCAGUGUUUAAAUCUCUUCAUAUUUGCAAAAAUACUCUUUUAGAGAAACGCUGGUCUACUGUACGUUGGUUAAGCGGGUUAUUAAACACAGAGUUUCAAAACAACGAGUGCUGUGCUGUGUGAUUCAGCUGAGCUGAGUGAAGUGGGGUCCAGUUUCAGUGGUUCUGACGGUUCAGUUUCAGUGGUUUUGACCGGAUCCAGUUUCAGUGGUUCAGUUUCAGUGGUUUUGACCAGAUCCAGUUUCAGUGGUUCAGUUUCAGUGGUUUUGACUGGGUCCAGUUUUAGUGGUUUUGACCGGAUCCAGUUUCAGUGGUUCAGUUUCAGUGGUUUUGACCGGAUCCAGUUUCAGUGGUUCAGUUUCAGUGGUUUUGACUGGGUCCAGUUUCAGUGGUUUUGAUCAGAUCCAGUUUCAGUGGUCCAGUUUCAGUGGUUUUGACUGGGUCCAGUUUCAGUGGUUCAGUUUCAGUGGUUUUGAUCAGAUCCAGUUUCAGUGGUCCAGUUUCAGUGGUUUUGACUGGGUCCAGUUUCAGUGGUGCAGUUUCAGUGGUUUUGACCGGAUCCAGUUUCAGUGGUUCAGUUUCAGUGGGGUUUUUUUUUGUUUUUUUUUUUAAUUAAAAAUUUAGUCGUUGCCAAUUAGUUUUUAUUAUUUUCUCCCCAAUUUGAAAUGCCCAAUUAUUUUUAGGUUCAGCUCACCGCUACCACCCCUGCGCUGACUCGGGAGGGGCGAGGAUGAACACACGCUGUCCUCCGAAGCUUGUGCUGUCAGCCGCCCGCUUCUUUACACUCUGCAGACUCACCGUGCAGCCGCCUCAGAGCUACAGCGUCGGAGGACAACGCAGCUCUGGGCAGCUUACAGGCAAGCCCGCAGGCGCCCGGCCAGACUACAGGGGUCGUUGGUGCGCGGUGAGCCGAGGACACCCUGGCCGACCUAACCCUCCCUCCCCCCGGACGACGCUCAGCCAAUUGAGCGCUGCCCCCUAGGAGCUCCCGUUCAUGGUCGGCUGUGGAAUAGCCUGGACUCGAACCGGCGAUGUCCAGGCUAUAGAGUGCAUCCUGCACUCUAGCGAGUGCUUUUACUGGAUGCGCCACUCGGGAGCCCUGAGUUUCAGUGGUUUUGACCGGAUCCAGUUUCAGUGGUCCAGUUUCAGUGGUUUUGACCGGGUCCAGUUUCAGUGGUCCAGUUUCAGUGGUUUUGACCGGAUCCAGUUUCAGUGGUUUUGACAGGGUCCAGUUUCAGUGGUCCAGUUUCAGUGGUUUUGACCGGAUCCAGUUUCAGUGGUUCAGUUUCAGUGGUUUUGACCGGAUCCAGUUUCAGUGGUUCAGUUUCAGUGGUUUUGACCGGAUCCAGUUUCAGUGGUCCAGUUUCAGUGGUUUUGACCGGAUCCAGUUUCAGUGGUCCAGUUUCAGUGGUUUUGACCGGAUCCAGUUUCAGUGGUUCAGUUUCAGUGGUUUUGACCGGAUCCAGUUUCAGUGGUCCAGUUUCAGUGGUUUUGACCGGAUCCAGUUUCAGUGGUUCAGUUUCAGUGGUUUUGACCGGAUCCAGUUUCAGUGGUCCAGUUUCAGUGGUUUUGACCGGGUCCAGUUUGAGGCAGUGCGUUUGGGUUUCACCAUCACUCUGGUCCUGUGUGACAGCACAAGCACGUGAUACUAACUGCUGCUGUUUUAUUUACACACAAGUCAUGCCUUUAUCUCACUGUGAAGUUUUACUGUCAAUAGGAUGUAUCUGAAUGCUGGAGUGUCAGUGGAGUGCUUGGGUUGACUCGGAGAGGCAUGAACGAUCAUUUCCAAUUACAGCCCGUCCAGCCCCAAGAAAACUGCUGUGGCCACUUCAUUGUGAGCUACUCGAUAAAGAGCAUCUGCAAACCCAGGGCCUUACAGAGGGGAGGGGAGGAGAGGGGAGGGGAGGGUACCCCCCUUCCUCAGGAACAUUUUGGACAUGAUUAAUCUGACCUAAAUGAUUAUGCUCAUAAUUCUUUGUAAUAUAAAGAAACCGAUCUUGCCUGAAUCAGUACCAUUGUGUUUUUUGAGCUUUAGUUCUUGAUGGUAAUACUGUUGAUAGUAGCGGUAGUGUAGAAAUGAUAUUUCUGUUCACACUCCGUGCUGUGCUACUUAUCCAAAAACAUCAGCUCGUUAGGGAAUGUAAACAAACUGGACAAUCAAAUAGGGUCCGGUCUGGUGCCCAGACAGAAUAACUAGGGAAAAAUGUAGUGAAGAUUCACCAAGGAAUCAGACUGUGCAGAAAUGGAAUUCAGUUGUGGGACAUGCACGCACGCCCACACACACACACACAGGCACACGCACACACACACACACUGCAGGUUUUUAAGUGAAAGGGGGUGUGCUGUGGUCAUAAAUAAUGCAUGCUUAAGUUUAUAAUCCGUUACUGUAAAUCUGAUGGAGAUAAACGCAAGAGGACAAGUGUGUCAUGGUUUUGCAAUUGCUCUAUGGCCUAAUUUAUACUGAGGAAACUAGCGAGUUGUGAAUUUCAAAACUCACAUCACGUACAGCGGGCCUUCAGACCACACACACACACACACACACCCAAGUAUGCUGUUAUUUAUUACACUUGAACAUUAUUAAAGAUACACAGCUGCAAGCUUGCCAAACUAAUAAUAUAACGUGUGACUCUAAUUUCCAGAUCGAGGCGUGCAGUGUAAUGAAAAUGUAACCCUGACGCUAAACAACAUUCUGUUUUUGCUCAGGCUUUUGGAGUUUUGCCAGUGUUUUCCAUUAUCUGAUUGGUUGGAUAGAUUUGGACCCUAUUGCGUCACACACACACACACACAAAGCGCAGCAGCACAAUGAAGGAAUCUGAAAAGCAACAUAUUAGUCGUUUGUUUUCAUGUCGACUGCCACCAGAGCUCGUAUUUAAGUUCGUGAAUACCAAAUGAUGCUGGAUAUUUCCAUCAUCUUGAUGUGAAAUUCACAGCUGUGUGAAAUGCAUUCACGCACACACAUCCGUGUACUUGCAAACGUUGUUAUUAAGACUCAUAAUGUGAAAUGGUGGUCUGUAUCUCGUAGGUUACUAAAAACAAAACAAAAAAAACAAUGUAGUGUUACUUGCAUUACAGACGUUCCUGCAUAAACGUGUGUCUUGUCAGAGAAGGAGUACCGUUUGCAUUUACAUGAUCAUUCAUCCCCGUCAUCACAGUCCUGGUAUGCAUUACUAGUAUUAUGAUGACGAGUAUGCCUAUUUUUGACGGUGGAAACUGGCACUUCAAAAGUGUAUGUGCUAUUACCGUGACAACAUUGACAAGUGUAGGUGAAUGCAAAAGAUGGAAUGAGAUUAUACCCCCCC